GCGGCGACGGUGCCGCGGGGGGUCGGUCAGCGGGAUUAUUCGGUCACCAUGCCAAGACCACACCAGUAACCAGUUCAACCACACCACAGACCAGUUCAACCACACCACGGACCAGUUCAGCCAAACUAACCAGACAGCAUGGAUAUCAUGGUGGCCAAGAUCCUGUGCCUGCUGGGGGUGUUUGCUCUCAUGCUUGGCGGGGUCCUUGUCCCAGUGCGCCUCCUUCAGGUGGAUUAUGAGAAAGCCCAGCGGUACCGGAAGGCUCUGGCGCUCUGUAACUCGUUCGGAGGGGGUGUCUUCCUUGCCACCUGCUUCAAUGCUCUGCUGCCUGCCGUCAGGGAUAAGGUUGAUGAAGUGUUUAAAGAGUUGAAGAUAAACUCGGACUACCCUCUGGCAGAAACCAUGAUGAUGCUGGGCUUCUUCUUCACUGUUUUCGUAGAACAGGCUGUCCUCACCUUCAGGAAGGAGAAGCCCUCCUUCAUUGACAUGGAGACGUUCAACACCGGCGGCUCAGAGGCGGGGAGUGACUCUGAGUAUGACACCCCCUUCAUCUCCCCGACACGCAGCACCCCAGCCAGCCACCACCACUCCCGUGGGCACCACCACAGUCACCUCAGCCCAACAGAACUGGCUGGAGCAGGACCACUGCGCCUAGCCAGCCUGGUUCUGGCUCUUUCAGCCCACUCAGUGUUUGAGGGCCUCGCCCUGGGACUCCAGGAGAACGGACCCAAGCUGGGCAGCUUGUUUCUGGGAGUGGCGAUCCAUGAGACCCUGGCAGCUGUGGCACUGGGGGUGAGCAUGGCGAAGGUGGGUCUGCUGAUGAAGGAUGCCAUCAAAUUAGGCAUCACAGUCAGUCUGAUGAUCCCGCUGGGCAUCGGGGUGGGCAUGGGCAUUGAGUCGGCGCAGACAUUAGCGGGGAGUAUCGUGUCUGUGGUUCUCCAAGGCAUGGCUGCUGGAACGUUCCUGUUCGUCACUUUUUUUGAGAUUCUCUCUAGGGAGCUGGAGGACAAACAGGACAGGCUGCUGAAGGUGCUGUGUCUGGUUUUAGGAUACGGGGUGCUGGCAGGUUUGGUGUUUAUCAAAUGGUGAUGUACAAGAUGACACUGGAUCUUUUUUAACGCAUUGAAAUAGACUGUUGGCAUCCCAUUUGAACAGUGUUGGCAUACACUUUGCAAAACGGCCAAACCAAAGGAAGCUUUAUAACUUGUUCCUCAUAAUGGUGCCAUGCCAUAUUAAAUCAGCUCCCCUACAAUAAUGGUGUAUUUCCAUUUUAAAUCAAAUAUGGCGAGAGUUACUUCCGGAGCAGUCUCAGAUUAAUGCUUGUGUUACUGCAGUUGGUGGAUUUCUGAUUUCACAGGCAUUAAAUCUGCUUCCUCUCCAGCAUCUCUUGGCCCAAAAUUUGAAUAGCGAUGUUCCUCUGCCUUUAUAUGGACAGUAGAAACUAUUCUUAUUUAUUUAUACUCUGUAGGAAACCUUAGCUGAUAUCUCUUGGAGUACUUGCCAUAAUCUAGCACAAUCUUUUACCUGCGAGUGUUUGUGGGAUUAAAUGUAGUAAAUUAAUGUUAUUGUAGUAACUGUAUGGGUGUCCCAGGAGCAUCAUUGCAUAAAGAUAAUCUUUCCUCCUUUUACUCACAGUGGCAGAAUGGACGUUUCUGGGUGAUUCUGGAAAACCCAUCCUUGUACAUAAGAUAAGAAAAGAUGUACUUUAUUAAUCCCUUUGGGGAAAUGCAUCCUGUGCAUUUAACCCAUCCCAAAACACACACACUGGAAACAGCUGGCAGCUGUGGUGCAGCGCCCGGGACCAACUCCAGUUCUUCUUUCCAUUGCUGCCUUGCUCAGGGGCACAGACAGGAGUAUUAAUGCUAACAUGCAUGUCUUUUUGAUGGCGGGAGGAAACCGGAGCACCGGGAGGAAACCCAUGCAGACACGGGGACAACAUGCAAACUCCACACAGAAAAGACCUGGGGGGCAUCCAGGUGGCGUGGCGGUCUAUUCCGUUGCCUAUCAACGCAGGGAUCGGUGGUUUGAAUCCCUGUGUUACCUCCGACUUGGUUGUGCCUCCCUACAGACACAAUUGGCCGUGUCUGCGGGUGGGAAUCCAGAUGUGGGUAUGUGUCCUGGUUGCUGCACUAGCACCACCUCUGGUCAGUUGGGGCGCCUGUGCAAGAGGGAGGGGGAACUGGGGGGAAUAGCGUGAUCCUCCCACGCACUACGUCCCCCUGGUGAAACCCCUGUCGAGUGAAAAGAAGCAGCUGGCGACUCCACAUGCAUCGGAGGAGGCAUGUGGUAGUCUGCAGCCCUCCCCGGAUCGGCAGAGGUGGUGGAGCAGCAACCAGGACGGCUCAGAAGAGUGGGGUAAUUGGCUGGAUACAAUUGGGGAAAAAAAGGGGGGAAACCCCCCCCCCCCCCCAAAAAAAAAGACAAGGACCUGGGACGGCCUGGGGUUUGAACCCUGGACCUCGUAGUAUGUGAAUGUUAUUGUAGCAAUUAUGUGAGUUUUUCAGGAGCAUCAUCAAAUCAAGAUCAUCUUUUCUGUUUCCUCACAGUGGAAGUAUGGAUGUUUCUGGGUGAUUCUGAUGAACCCAUCUUUGUACAUUUCCUACUGUGCAGUUCAUGUAUGAUGUGUAUGUGAGUCCUGUGGCAUCAACCUAAACAUGAAGUUAUUAUGGGAUGCAUCAGCCUCACUGUAAAGAUAGUAGCUUGUGUUCUUGUAUAUUAUUAGGAGUUAAAACUAUAUCUGGCUCAUAUCUCAGCCUUUAUCUUGUUUAUUUCCCAAAUCCCACCCUUGCAUUUCUAUCCAAAAUGGCUUGGUUAGGAACUGAACAGGAUGUAUCAAUAAAAUUCUUUAAAUUAGGGAUGACAUAAGGUUGUAUACGAGCGUUAAACAGCUUUUUCUGUGUUUCAGCCUAGAGGUUCCUCAAAGGAGUCAAGUAAAAUGUUCCACAGGUUAACAUUGUGAUCCUGAAUGAUAUUCCCAUCAUGCUCUCUCUUCAUCCAGUAUGUCUAUCAUGUUGUAUUUCUCUGGAGGAAACCUGUAAAGUGCUUUAUAAUAAAGGUGUACUUUUACCGGUCUUGAA